UUAUUCGGAAGAAGGCAUAAUCCUUUUGAUAAUAAUACAAAUCUGCAUAAAGUGAUAAGAAAGAGGAUACAAGUCUAAUACGUAAGAAUCCCGCAUACUUUGCAUACAUUGAUUUAUGGGUGUGAUUUGUCACAUGUCUCAAACUUUAUCAGUACUUCCUUCAGGCUUAAGAAUUAUUCUGAUAAAUGUUAUGAAAAGAAAGUGAAAAGGGAAGUUUACCUUAAUUUUUUUUACUCAAAGGUAAAACUGUGAUGCUAUUAGUUGGAUUCUUAAUAUUAUGGCUACCUCAGAAGUGAAGAGAGGACUGACGGAGCGUCUGCCUUUUUAUAUGGGGUUUCAAGGUGGAACAACAUGGCCACAGUCCCAGAGAGACGAAAAUUUGAAGAAACUGGCCGACAUGCAGAGCAAGUCAGACCCAGUUGUUUCCAUCCCUAGACCUCGUACAAAUUUCAUAUGCCGUCCAAGAUUCAAUGAGAUGAACUAUUAUAAGCGUAUAAGUCUGGAGCCAGACUAUGACGUUGAUAGCGACGAGAACGGUGAUGCCAGCGAGCCAGAGGGGUAUCCCAGAGUUCCUGUGAUGAUACCAUACGAAGAGUGGGCCAAAACGGUCACCCCAGACGACGAUCUACCUGAUGUCCCAGAGCCAGAUUACAACGAUGAAGACGAGGAUGCUCUAGGAUUUAACGAACUUCAAAUAAAAACUCUCCCCAUGCCUAAUGGCUCUUCUAAUCAAAAGUCCAAAGAUCGAGAAAAGGAUGAGAUGGAUAGACACCACAGGAGUGUGUCGGAGCCGGGGAAACCUGUUGGCCUCAUAGAGCCUAAGAAGCUGAAAAACCCAUGUCUAGAGUCCAGGGAUAGGAUGGAGCUUCACCGAGAGCUGCUGAUGAAUGCGAAACGAGGAGUAGAUGUGUUAAAAAAGCCAGAACUACAGCGCGAGCUGUCAAAGAGAAGUGAAUCAAGGAGGGUGAAGGAAUGGGAUGCUGAGAGGAAGGCAAACAGGACAAGCCUGGAGGUUCAACUGGAAAAACAGGCAGAAAAAUUGAAAGAGUAUGAACAAAAACAGACCAAAAUUAUAGAAGAAGAAGAAGCCAAGCCAGAGUUUGUCAAAGUUGGAGAAAAAAUCAGGUCCAGAAGCAUAUCAGAAAAACACGGGGACACUCUCCCCACCAAAUGAUGAAGCACACUAUGUGCCAUGGUUUUUAUAUCAACCCAAACCAGGGACCUCAAAAUGAUACACAGAAUGAAAAAUAAAUGGUGCCCACAGCCAUUGUAGUGUUCAGCCAUGCUUCUGCAAUGUCAUUGUUGUUGCUGUUGACCAGAUUAAAAUGUUAUGUGUAUCAAUGUCAACGCCAUAUCGGCAGGAACUUUAUCACUGAACAUUGGUGCUAAUAUAUAUAUAUAUAUACUGAAAUAUAAUGGUGUUGAAUACCAGAUGGAUAUUAUAAAUAACCAGCACAUCUUGCAUUAUGGGAUAGAACACUGUUGGCAUCAUGGAAAAAUUGUUAGCAUUAUGGGAUACACCACAAAACAGAAAUCAUUGUGGGAGAACUAGAGGAUACAUUAAGGUAAAAGAAACUAGGGGGAAAUGUGUGAAUAGAAUCGCAAUGGAUAUUUUUUUUAAAGGGAGAUGGGUGCAUUUUUUCAUCUACGCAUACCCUGCACCCCUCCUCUCUUGUAACAAAAUCCUGGAUCAGCUGGUGACUAUAGCAUGCAGACAGCCAGAAGCAACAUUGUGGCACAUAUAACACAAUCAGCACAAUGUCACACCCAGCAGACUGGGGUACAGAACUGGCAUAGUAAUCACAAACCCAGGUGAGAGCCAAGCUUACGGCAUGUCAAACUGACAUUGAGUAUCUCUCUCACAAUGAAGGGGUGACAUACUCAGCUGACAGCCAUCUCAAAGGGACAUCAGUUUGGGAAAAAAUUUAAAAACAAGUGAACUCAAAUGUACUUCAAAAUAAAGUAAAAUCACCGACACGUAGCAGUCCAGAUAGCAUUUGGAAAUCAACAUGAGGAUCACAUUGUGACAUGACAGUUUGAUAUCUUGGCGAUCUCUUUGAGUGGUUCAGCAUAAGAUUUCUUUCAAAUGGUGCAGAGACUCAUGUAAAUUUCCAGUGAGAUGAAAGUUUUGAUGGAGUUGUGUCCACCUUGGCAUUUGAUGGGAAGAACCCUUAUCUUACAAUGUACUGUAAUUAGCAAAUGGUUGCGAAUCACUGAGGUACAUAUUUUGGAUUAUCAACACCCUCAAACGUUAUGGUUUUGAACGUGGGUGAUCACUGGAUUGCAAUUUAUUGAUGUUUUAAGGCAUACAUUGAAGAAGCUCCUAGUGAUGACAAAUUCAGUUUUGAGCACCAGCAUCACAGUUGAAGAAAUGACGUCUUCCAUCAGAGACCCACCCAGUGACGUCUGCUGCAGGAAAUGAACAUAUUUCACAGAUAUUCACACAGACAAAAUGCAGAUGCCUUGUGUAUGUGCUGAUACAGCUGUACCUGUGCUGUAUGCUGAUUUUAACAUGUAAUUACUCUACAGAGGCUGCCACUGCUUUACUCCCUGUUUGCUUCCUGCAUGCUUAGUUGGCUGCAUCUAGUACUGGGGCUCUGUUGAGGCAACUCUCUUGUCAACCUCUCAAAAUGAACCAGUAUAGUAUCUUAUUGCAACAGUUAGACCCCAUUCCCAUAGAUAUUAGAUCGAUCUAUCCCUGUGGGGAGUCUCACUAGAUUACUGUCAGCU